AUGACGCCGCAACUUGAUCUUUCCGACUCUCGGCUGCUGGUCGUCCCCCCGCGAAUCAAUCUUCGUCGAGCCGCCUCUUACAACCUUCACGAGCGCGCUCAGGGCCAGGAUUCUGCCUCCUCAUCGUCUAGUCAGCCACCUCUCAGCAGCCUCCUCUGGUCUCCGCCUCCCUCGCCCAGUCUGCCGUCACUCGUCCCUCGACGCAAACGGGCCUCCUCAAAUCCUUUCUCCCGUCAUCCGAGACGGAUUGUCCGAUUUCUUCUCUACUUGUGCUUAUUCUCGGGCUUUGGAUACGUGCUUGUCCGAUUAUUCGGCAAUAAUGUCAGCUCACUUUCCCUCUUCGAACAAGAGUACAAUAUGGUUGCCCAGGAUGACUUGCCCGACUUUCCCACUCCCAUUGUCAUCGACGACAACCGAGGCCGCUCAAAGUGGACUGUUUCGAUCCCUAGAAACUACCGUUUCCCCCUUUCCAUGGAGGAUUACUCGGAAAUGAUGGGACACUGUCGCGAGGCUGCCGUUCGCCAGACCUCUGACUCGGGGCCUUCUUCUAGCCAAGCUCCAUUAAAGAAGCAUGCAUCCAAUCGCUUUGUUGACGUUGCCGAGGCGGAAAAGACGCACCUUCUACCGUCAUCAGACGUUUUACCUUCCAAGCGCUCGCGAAGUGGAAGCUUCGUUGGCCUAGAUGGCGAGUUCAGCCAUCUUCCCAUUUGCCAGAGCUCCAUCACAUACGUCCUCGAAAGCACAAACGCUGGUAUUGGCCAUGCUCUCAUGUUCAUGUGGACCUCGUACGGCAUUGCCAAGGAACUUGGAAAAUCCUUUUUCAUAGAUGACUCCCGAUGGGCUUACGGUUCAUACACCGACAUCUUCCAGGCACCUCCUACGCCCAAAUGCCAGCCACCGCCGCGACAUCACAUUCUGCCUUGUCCGGCCGAGGCCCGACACUUGGUUAUUUCCAACACCAAUGCCGAGGAGAUUCUGCCCACAUUACUGGCCAAUAUCGAGUCUGGCCGCAAGAUCAGUGAGACACAACAACUCUUCAAAUUGGCUAGGGCCGGCUACUCGGCACUGUUCAAACUAAACAAGGCCGACGAAGCUUAUACCGAGAAGCGCAUUCGUGAUAUUCGGACCAAGGCCAAGGCUGAUUCUACAUCCUCGUUUGAUGCCCCUAUUGUUGGCCUGCACAUUCGUCAUGGUGACAGACACCCGCUAGAGUUCCAAUACAAGGAUACCUACAUACCGGCCGAGGUCUACCUGAGCAAAGUGCACCAUCUCAUUGACGAAUACUACAACAAGACUGCUGGCAUCAACUACAAGGGUGCUCGUGACUCCAUCACCAUGCUUGCGUCUGACGACCCUCACACAUACCAAGAGGACGAACUGUCCAGUCUCUUACCCGCACAGGAUCGAAUUCAGCUGGCUUCCAAGGAUAACAUCGAGGAUGCAACAAACGAUCCGCGUGUGCUGCACCAUUUCGUCGAAGAUACUUUUGGCUGGGAGGGCGGUUUCUUUGCUCCCAUCUUCUGGCACUUGGGCUCCGAGUCCAAGGACAAUUCUGCCAACGCACCAGCAGCCACUCCCUAUUUAUCCGAAAACAGAGCUGUCUCUAGAUUGAAGCCCUCUCAGCAGACCCUCAAACUCCGCAGCCUUCUCGGCCGCGCGUAUAUGAUGGACCUUGCCGUGCUUUCCGGAGCUGGCGACAAGGUCGUCUGCGCAGUCAGUGCCAUGGGAUGUAGAAUUCUUGGAGUCAUGAUGGGAUGGGAUGGUAUCGAGGCCGGCACAUGGAUCAAUGUGGACGGCAACUAUGGGUGGCGAGGCCUUGACCUCUAA